CGUCCGUUCCCGACCUUUCCACUGGCGCACGGGCGGGCCGCCGCCCACCAACGCCAAGCACGAGCAGGAAGAAACAAAUUCUUCUUCGCUAACUCGCUGGCCAUUCUAUUUCUGCCAUUCUCCGCCCAGCGCCCAGCGCGCAGAGAAGACGACCCGAACUCCAGCAGCGGAGGGAGCUAGAACUAGAAGAAUUAGAGUCCAGGGAGAAGCCAUGGCCGGCAGGAGCUUCUUGAACCGGUCUCCCAAGGAGGAGUCCGACGCCGCCGUCAAAGAGGCUGUACUACUGGGAGCGAAGAAUGCUGCAAUAGCUGGUACUGUGGUAGCGGUUCCCACGUUGGUUGGCUGCCGUGUCCUUCCUUGGGCUAAGGCUAAUCUCAACUACACCGCACAAGCACUCAUCAUAUCUGCAGCCUGUAUCGCUGGCUUCUUCAUCACUGCCGACAAAACCAUUCUCCGGAACGCAAGACAAAACACCAUCGGGAAGCUCGACAAGUAGACUUCGGUGCAGAUCUGUGGCUGUAAUGGUUCACCGAUUUCGGUGUUUCGCUGCUCAAGCCAACUGUGCUGUGUAAAGACUUGCUUACCUGACGGACUCGACCGGUGCAUCCAAUUUUCCGCCAAUUUAUUUUGGAAUAAAAUACGGGGCUAAUGGGUAUACGCCUGUGUAAUGUGGAAUUUGAGACCUGCUUCUGUAGUCAAGGGUUGUAAGACUGUUCAGUAAAAUGCGAUAUGGUAUUUGUUGCCCCCCCAAGUCGGACAUUUCUUC